AUGGAAAGCACACGAAAUCCAAUGGAUAACAUGAAGUCCACAUGGCGAACUUGGGACCGCGAUCAAUGGAGACUACCCCACAAAAUAUUCGAACAUGCAAAUGUAUAUCACGUGGAGCUAAACCGGGAGGUUCCGAUCCAUUCCAAGCAAGACAAGAUUCCCUACGUCUCAGAUUGGUCUUUGAAUCGAUGGGUGCUUGUCAACGCGGGAAUUCCCCUCAUCGUCCACCAAACAUUCACCCACCUGACCGGAUACAACUUCCACCCGGUCAUCGCCUUCUUUUACUAUUACUAUGCGUCCCGCCUUUUCACGACCCGCGAACUUCGCCACCUUCGGGAACUCGGCCACAUCCACGGAUUUCUCGACGGCGAUAAACAUGAGCGGGACGGCGUGCCAGAUGUUGGUGUUUCAAAAGCCUUGACGUCCGUUCUGCUGGCAGGUCUCGUCCGCCCACUCAUGACGACGUGGCUCACAUACCACGCAAAGGAAGCACCCGCCUCACUCAGCUGGGCUUGGUUACCGAUUGAAGUCAGUCUUUAUGGAAUCAUUUUGGACUUCUGGUUCUACUGGUACCACCGCCUCAUGCACGACGUCAACAGUCUUUGGAAAUUCCACCGUACCCACCAUCUCACGAAACACCCCAACCCACUACUCACUAUUUAUGCGGACUCAGAACAAGAGUUCUUCGACAUCGCCGGGAUUCCAUUGAUGACAUGGCUCACGAUGAGGCUUAUGGGCAUGCCGAUGGGGUUCUACGAAUGGCACGUUUGCCAGCUAUAUGUAAUGUUCGCAGAACUGGCUGGACAUAGCGGUCUCCGUCUUCAUGCUUCGCCGCCGAACCCGCUGACAUGGUUGAUGAGAAUGUUUGAUGCAGAGUUGGUUAUUGAAGAUCAUGAUUUGCAUCAUCGUCAGGGUUGGAAGAAAAGUCAUAAUUAUGGAAAGCAGACACGUGUCUGGGAUCGUAUAUUCGGAACAUGUAGCCCUAGGAUUGAGAGUACAGAUGUCAACAUCGACUACAGUAAUCCUGUUGGUAUGCCAAUCUUGUAA